AUGAGAUUGAUCAACGGUUUGAAACUGUCGAUCAUCUUAGUAAUCGCCGAACAAGUCUCGAUGCUUUCUUACAAUCGGCCAAAGUUUUGUUAUAACGCAUCAUGGAACGCAAAUGGGCAGAUUGUUGCUGGGACAUUUGGUAUUGGACCACUGAGAUCGCAGUUAUCCGAUAUUUUCAUCGAUACAAACGAUACAAUGUAUGUGAUUUCUCAACCGCCUAGUCCGUUUUCGUAUACAUAUCCAACAGGCAGUAUAAGUAUCAAAACUAUUGAAAAUGCAGGUGCCAAUCCAAUUAGCAUCUUUGUAGCAACGUCUAAUGAGAUUUAUGUCGGCACGGGUGGUCCAGCAAGCCAAAUUGGUAAAUCGGUAUCAACUCCACCAAGUUUCACUCAAAUAUUGGAUACGUGCGGCGAAUGUUUUGACAUCUUUAUCGACAUGUACAACAACAUUUAUUGUUCAAUGACAGACAGUCAUAAAGUUAUCAGAAAAUUCUUAAACGACAGCUCGAGUAUAUUCACAAUAGCUGCUGGUAUAGGUGUUCCCGGCGGAGGUUCGAAUACACUUAAUAGACCGUUUGGCAUUGCUCUUGAUUAUAAUAAUAGUUUAUAUGUCGCCGAUUGCUCCAAUAAUCGAAUACAACUUUUUCAGUUUGACCAAAUAAAUGCAAAUACAGUGGCAGGAAGUACAUCAACACAAGUUACGAUAGCACUGAGUUGCCCAGUCGAUGUUGUACUGGAUGCAGAUAGUUAUCUUUACAUCGUCGAAUUUAAUGACGAUCGUCUUAUCGGAUCCGGGCCCUAUGGUUUCUUCUGUAUAGCCAACUGUGAGGUUCUAAAAGGCCCAAUUGGACAUGCGUUUCAUUCCUCGCGAAGACUAACUUUCGAUAGUCGUGGAAAUAUGUAUGUACUUGAAAGUAGUUCUUCUCGAAUAAAAAAGUACAGUUUAAGUACAAAAUUAUGCAACGCUAGUAGCACGUACACUACAAGUAAUAUGUUAUCCACGACGACAACUAGCAGUAUGUCGACUUCGGAUCAAACAACUGCAGCAACAAUAGUCCGAUCUUAUAAUCGGCCGAAAUUUAGUGAAUUAUCAUCAUGGAACUCCAAAGCAGAAACAUUCGCGACCACCGUUCAAGUUGGUAAAUCUCCAAAUGGUAUAUUCAUAAAUACUAAUAAUACGGUUUAUGUGGCAAAUCGUGACACAAGCCAAGUCUUUCUACGGUUACCAGGUAGUACGAGUUGGAUGUCGGGUUAUUUUCCUGGACUAACUAACCCCUACUCCCUUUUCGUAUCAACGGAUGGCGAGAUCUUUAUUGACAACAGUCGAGGAGGGAAUCAGGUAAGUAGAUGGACAUGGGCGACAACUGUUUCAACUUCCGCCAUGUUUGUUAAUGAUGCUUGCUACGGCCUGUUUAUUGAUAUUCGUGAUAUGGUUUACUGUUCACUACGUAAUCAACAUCAAGUUAUUGGAAAACUAUUGGAAGAUAACUCUAGCAUAUCAACUGUUAUUGCUGGCAGUGGUUGCAAGGGAACUAGUUCAAAUAUGUUGAAUGAACCUCGUGGAAUCUUUGUCGAUGAUAGUUUGGUUUUAUAUGUCGCAGAUUCUCUAAACAAUCGGAUUCAGAAGUUUUCACCAGGACAGUCCAACGGAGCUACAGCUGCAGGACCUGCGUUAACUGGGACAUACGCGCUUCGUACUCCAACUUGUGUUGUUCUUGAUACUGACAACUUAAUGUUUAUUGUUGACUCUGAUAACCAUCGUAUUGUUGCUCAGAGUUCAAAUGGUUUUCGAUGCAUAGUGGGAUGUUCGGGAAAGCCUGGCAGAAAUGCAGAUCAAUUAAAUCGUCCGCGCACUCUUAGUUUCGAUAGCGAUGGAAAUAUGUUCGUUGUAGAUUCUGAAAAUCAGCGAAUUCAAAAGUUUACUUUAUUAACCACUAAUAUUGGUUCUUCUAUAGUUCCAUCGUAUAACCAACCGACCUUGAAUGUAUCAACAGCAUGGAAUCCAAAUGCAAUAACUAUUGCUGAUAGUGGUACCUUUGGCGGAAAUGUCAGUGGUAUCUUCGUCACUGUAAAUAAUACACUUUACACUUUUGAUCAAACAACCCGGCGAAUUUUUCUUUUCUCGAGCAAUGGCGCUAAUCUAACGCAAGUUCAUCUCACGGGUUUUGUACUUCGCGCUUCAAUAUUUGUGACGAUAAAUGGCGAUAUAUUUAUGGAUAACGGAGGUUCCAGUAGGGAAGUGUUGAAGUGGUCCGUUAAUACCAACACUAGUGUUUCGAUUAUGCCCACGAAUGAUACAUGCAAUGGUUUAUUUGUUGAUAUCACGAACACUCUGUAUUGUUCAAUGAGUAAUCAACAUCAGGUUAUUAAAAAGCCAGUAGACAAUACUUCUAAUACGACAGUAGCCGCUGGUACGGGUUCAAGUGGUUCUGCUCCAAAUAUGCUUAAUGAGCCGUAUGGAAUCUUUGUCGAUGCUGAUUUGAAUUUGUAUGUGGCUGAUUCAUCAAAUAAUCGUAUACAAUUCUAUCAACUAAACCAGUUAAAUGGAACGACAUUAGCAGGAAUUGGCUCUAUCGACGACACAAUUACAUUAAACAAGCCAACUGGAGUGAUUCUCGAUGGUAGCAAUUAUCUAUUCAUCGCCGAUUGCAAUAACAAUCGUAUUAUUGGAUCAGGACCCAAUGGCUUUCGUUGUAUAGCCGGAUGUUCUAAUAUACCAGGCGCGGCAUCCAAUCAAUUCAACCAGCCACGCACAAUCGCUUUUGAUAGCUAUGGGAACAUUUUCGUUGCUGAUUAUGGCAAUUCUAGAAUCCAAAAAAUUCUUCUGUUAAAUGAACGUCUUGUAACUUCAUACAAUCAACCAAAGUUUUGUGCAAACGCAAUGUGGAAUUCAAAUGCAAAUACUUUUGCUGAUAGAACCAAAAUCGGAUCCAAUUCACGUGGAAUAUAUAUUGACAAGAACAACACUGUUUAUGUUGCUGAUUAUGCAAAUAAUCGAACUGACAUAUGGAUAAAUGGUAUGAGCACUGCGAUGCGAACUAUUUACAGUGGUUUAGCUUCUCCACAUUCAAUUUUUUCGACAUUCAAUGGUGAUAUCUAUAUCGAUAACGGCGCAACCAAUGGACGAGUGGAUAAGCAAACAUUGAAUUCAAAUGCGAGCAUUCCUGUCAUGUACGUUCCUGCUCCAUGCGAUGGUCUAUUCGUAGACAUCAGUAAUAUGAUUUACUGUUCCAUGGCUCAGCGUCAUCAAGUUAUCAAAAAAUUGUUGAGUGAUAGUUCGAAUGCGACGACCAUUGCUGCCGGCACAAAUGUUAGCGGUUCUACUCCGGAUAGACUUUUCUCUCCACGCGGAAUUUUUGUUGAUAAUAAUUCGAACUUGUAUGUCGCUGACUAUUCCAAUCAUCGUAUUCAAUUUUUUCAGCCUGGAGAGUCCAGUGGAAUCACCAUAGCAGGCAACGGAUCUUCUAAUAAUACAAUUACACUCAACGGACCGACAGAAAUCCUCCUUGAUGGUGAUAACUACAUAUUCAUUGUCGAUAGUGGAAAUAAUCGUAUCGUUCGGUCUGGCCCAAAUGGUUUUCAAUGUGUGGUAGGAUGUUUGAAUUCGUCAGGUUCAGCCGCCAAUAAAUUGUCCAAUCCUCAAUCAAUGAGCUUCGACAGUUAUGGCAACUUAUUCGUAGUCGAUUCUCAAAAUAUUCGCAUUCAAAAAUUCGACUUAUUAACUGCCUCCUGUGCAUGCCGUGCACCAACGAUAGUACUCACGCCGAACGCGACCUCCAUCACAUCGCCAGUUCAAUACCGUCGUAGUCAAGAUUUUACGAUAGUUUCUCUAAUAGGCUUGAACUGUGCCAGUUCUCUGACGAUGACUACGCAAUGGGCAAUCAUCAAUUGUACUACGUCUUGUUCAAAUCGAAUACCUUCGAAUCCGGCAAUAGUAACCAAACAAAGCGAACUGUACAUUCCAGCGAAAAGUCUACCCUAUGGUUUGUACAAAUUUACAUUAACUGUAGCGAUGUCGCAAAUGACAACCUUAUCUGCAUCAUUAAAUAUCUACGUGCAAAUAAUCCCGUCGACUAAGACUGCAUAUUUAAUACCAUAUGGAAUGUCGCUGAUAACACGUAGUUACCUACAAGAUCUUCAAUUAAAUCCUGGGAAUUAUUCGAUUGAUCCCGAUGAGGAUCUCUUCGAUGCUACUCAAUGGAAUUACAAAUACUAUUGUCGAAUAUACAAUUUGUACGCAUUUCCAAGUAUCUCCGGAUCAUUUUUGACAAUCGAUGACUUGAGGAAUGAUUCAUCGAAUCCAUCGUGUUUAUCGAAUCGAACGGGAUGGACAUUUGAUAAUUCUCUCAAUUCAUCAUUUAGUAUUCUUGCCGGCUCACUCCUACCCAAUCGGACAUACCAAUUUAUGGUAACAAUGACAUAUCGUUCAAGUUCAUCGAUUACACUUACAGGUUAUGCUCUUGUUCGAAUUGAAGAUAUUUAUCCAUAUAAAAUCUUACUCGGUUGUGUCAUAUCGACACUAUGCGGGCCGAAUGUUCAGUUUCAAGUUAUCAAUCCAACAACACAAGUAGCCUUGUUUUCGACAUGCGCUGUCAAUUGUACAACAAUUGAGAGCAUUACAUGGACUGUCUAUGCGGGUGAAAUGGAUUUGACGACAAACGUCGUCGUAUGGGCUUUGUUCGAUUCGACGAAUGCCAUCGAUGAUUCGUGGUUUUUCGGUUACGAUACAAGUAACUUUACAACAACAAAUCAGCUAUUUCUAUCGAAUACACAAACGUAUUGGCGUUUCGAAGUUGUUUAUCAAUUUACCAGCAGUACGAGUUCAAAUGCAAUAGAUUUCAUGAUCAAUGAAUCGCCCUAUGACGGUUCAUGUUCGAUCAAUCCUACCGGAGGCACAACAAGCACUGUGUUUACCAUUACAUGUUUCGAUUGGAUAGAUAAUAAUGGUGUCAAAGAUUAUACUGUAUACGCAUGGGCGAGUGAUUCGUUGACGCGAAUGUCUAUCGCUUAUUCUUCAAUUUCAACAUUCAAUGUCCUUCUACCAGCUGGAGAUAAUCAAACAUCUACACUUGUUGUGAUUAUUCACGUUCGCGAUCAGUUGAAUUGUAUUGCCGAGUUUAAUAUUUCAUCGGUUACAGUUGCUCCCGAUUUGGUAGCAAUUAAUAAUCUGAUAGUAGACAUUCAAAAUUCAUCGGAGGCAAUCUUAGCAAACCCAAUUAUACAGCUGCUUGCAAGCGAAAAUCAAAAUUUUGUCGGACAACUGUUAACAUCUGUCUCCAAGCAAUUCAAUCAAUUUAAUAGUGAAAAUCUCGACCAAGCAAUUUCAAAUAAUAUUCCAGUGACGAGCAUCGCCAUUUCGUCAUUCUAUUCUGAUGAUAAGCAACAAAUAACAUCGAUCGCACCCAAUCAAACUGAAUUAGAUGAAUUCAAUACACAACUGAAUUCUCGGGCAACAGCUCGAGAUUACUUGAUUGCAUUCAUGACUAAUCUUCCUAUCACAACAUUAAGUAAUAUUGAACUUCAAGCAUCAGCAUUAGCGCAACUAACGAAAGCCACAAAUGAAUUGACACGAACAGCUUUAACAAUUGCAUCUAAUCGAUGUUAUCAAUUGGCAUUGGCUUUGAAUUCGAUGCGAACAAGUGUCGCAUACGAAGAUAUCCAACUCGCAGUAAAUAACCUCUUUCAAUGUGCUGCCAAUCUCAUCAGUGCUGUAAACGGGCCAUUACAAGAACGGACGACCAUUCUCAAUUUAGACUCAUAUCGAGCCACAAAACUUCCAGACGAUUAUGAUACGAAUGUUGAACUCGACUGGGCUAAUCCAAAUUUGUUUGCUGAUGGAGAUGAUUUUUCCUGGGAAACAAUACAGAAGAAUCGAAACAUUUAUUAUCAAAGAAACUUAGCAGCACAAAUCAACAAUCAGAUGAAUGUAUUGACUUCAUCGGUAACAUCAUCACUGACUAUUCAUCUCAACGUUGGCCAAGAUUUCAGUAUUAGAAAUCAACAAGUCUUAAUAUCAUUGAAAACCAAAUCAAGUCAAUCAUUUCUGAAUAAAUCCGAACAAAUAAUUGAAAAAGGUCGAGUUCAACUUCCCAACAAUUUUACUGAGUAUCUGGGUACAAAUGAAAAGGUUUCCCUGCGAUCUAUGAUGGAACCAUUAGCAUCGUUUGGAAACUCAAAGUCAACAUCAAACACAAAUCUCUCCAGAUCAAUUUCGUUCUCUAUUUUUGAUCAGAAUCAAAAUGAGAUUUCAAUUCAAACAACAAAUAAUCAGUCGAUCGGGAUCAUCAUUCCUCGUGAUCCCAAUCUGAUCAUACCAUCGAUGAUCUUGCAAAAUGUUACAGCAACUAAUUCAACGCCCAACAAUCUCAUAUUUGAUUUGCAUUAUUUGAAUUUAACGGCGGUAUUACCAUUUUCUGUUCAUUGGGAAGUUCAACCAUUGGAUACCAGUUUAGCCUAUUUGUUCAUCUACAGAUUCGAUCAAAUACCAAAACUGAGUUCAUCUGUCAAACAGAUCGAUGGAUGGACACUUUUCUGUCCCGAGAAUUUCACGAAUAGUAGUGUCUAUACAUACUAUGUCGAUAAUCAGCAAACAGCAGGCCACCAGUCAGUUAUAUUUGGCUUGCGACAACUUGAUGCCACUGAGAUCAUCCAACACUGUUCAAACAUAUCACUUACUGCUCCUCCCAUCACUGAUCACCCAAUUAACUUCACUUCGGACUAUCGACUGAGAAUAUAUACAUCCUGUUGUUAUUAUCUGGAUGAAAAUCAACAAUGGCAAUCAGAUGGACUCAUCGUUGGCCCGCUGACCAAUCACGAUCAAACACAGUGUUAUUCUACUCAUCUGACAACAUUCGCCGGUGGAUUUACUAUUCUACCUGAAACAGUCAACUGGAGUUAUGUGUUUGCUAAUGCUGAUUUUAUGAAAAACAAAACCAUCUAUUUGACAGUGAUUCUUGUUUGUGCGAUCUAUGUACUUCUGGCUANACGGGAUGCUGGAACGAAAUCGAAUGUGCAUUUUGUCAUUCAUGGUGAUGAGAAUGAUACUCAUAUUCGAACAUUGGCUGAUCCUCAUCGUCGCGUUUUGCAGCGAGGUGGAGUUGAUGCAUUUCUUAUGAGUGUUCCCAAAUCAUUGGGACCGUUGAAUUGUAUUCGUAUUUGGCACGACAAUAGUGGUAAAGGUUCGUCAUCGUCGUGGUUUCUCAAGUAUAUCAUCAUUCGUGAUCUUCAAACAAUGCAAAAGUUUCAUUUCAUCUGCCAACGAUGGUUUGCAGUUGAGAAGGAUGAUGGGAAAAUCGAACGUGCUCUACCUGUUGCAAGUGAACUAGAAAAGAACCAGUUUUCAUUUGUCUUGACCAAACGAACUUAUCACAGUGUGUCUGAUGGUCAUCUGUGGUUUUCGAUCUUUUCUCGUCCACCAUCGAGUCAGUUCACUCGUGUGCAACGAUGUACAUGUUGCUUUGUUCUAUUGCUUGUUUCGAUGUUUCUCAAUAUUAUGUACUAUAACUUGUCGAGCGAAGCAAAAUCAGCUAAAUCAACGAACACAAGUAACUUAUCGUUUGGAUCACUCUACAUUACUCCUCAACAAAUAAUCAUUGGCAUCGUAGUUGAAUUCUUUGCACUAAUUCCGAGUUUGCUUCUCAUUCAAUUAUUUCGACGUCUUCGUCCUCGUCGAAAGCAACUGUCGCCAAUACGUCAAGCCCUGUCUAAAGUAAAUGCGCCUCUACAAAAUGAAAAAAAGAGUCGUCGAAGAGCGCGCUCUAAGAAAUCACCGUUCACUCUUCCAUGGUGGUUUAUCUUUGUUGCUUAUGGAUUGUGUAUCAUCUUUGUUGGUAUUUCGAUUAUAUUCAUCAUUGCUCGUGGUAUCGAAUUCGGUGAUGAAAAAACUCAAAAGUGGCUAGCUUCCAUUGUCAGUAGUUUCUUCUCUUCAAUUCUUCUCACCCAACCAUUAAAGAUUAUAUCACUGGCGAUUUUCUUUGCAUGUUUUUGUCGAAAGUCGAAUUAUGAUGCGGAGGCAAACGAAUUGCUAGAUGACACUCAGAUAGGCUUAGAUGCAGAUGAAGAAUAUCUACAUGCAAUGGAGAAGGACUCUUUCUCAACUCGCCGACCAAUGAUUCAUAUUGAUCGUCUGAACAAAACAGAAGUUCUCGAGGCGCGUGAAUAUCGUUUACAAGAAAUCGAAAUGUGGUCUGUCAUCCGACAAAUAUCGCUAUACAUAUGCUUUAUCUCAGUCCUCUACGUGGUCAUUUAUUCGAACCGUAGCACAAGUGCAUUCUAUCAAGUCAAUCAUCUGCGAAAAUAUUUUCUCAAUUCAAGGCACGAGGAUUUGGAUUUCACCAAAAUUUCAACAAUUGAUCAAUACUGGAAUUGGUUGAACAACAGCUUCAUUAGUAAUCUCCGAGCGCAAGAGUGGUACAACGGAGAUCCUCCUCGAAAUCUCACUGGUUUUAUUGAUGAUAAAUCAAAUCGAUUAAUCGGAUGGGCAACAAUGAGACAGCUGAGAGUUAAAUCUACGCUAUGCCCGAAACAAACUGCAAUAUCGUCUGUCUGCGAAGAAGAUUACAAUCAAUUCCAUGCAGAUCAACUAUCGUACGUACCAGGAUGGAAAGAUUACACAUCGAAUAAUUACACCGCGUUCAUUCGUCAAGCCUUUACCUAUCAAUCGGGUGCUGUAUUGGAGACAUAUACAUAUGUUGGAGAUCAUGCAAGUUAUGGAAGUGGUGGUUAUGUAUAUGAAUUUCGUGGUCGUUUGAGUGAUCUUCAAAGUAAUCUCUCUCAACUUCACGAACUUAGCUGGAUCGAUAAUCGCACUCGCGCUGUGAUCAUUCAAUUGACUUUGUACAAUCCGAAUGUUCAGUUAUUCACAGCUGUCACUUUUCUUGCUGAAUUUCUCUCAUCGAGUGGAGUGUUUACCAGUGCUCGUUUCGAGCCACUUAGUUUUUACGCAUUCACAUCAGCGUAUCAAUUAGUAUGCACCAUCGUGUAUAUGUUAUUCAUUUUCUAUUUCGUUUGGAUUGAAAUACGAUUAUUGAUACAAAUGAGAUGGCAAUACUUUCGUCGAUUUUGGUCGUAUGUUGAAAUUGGAAUUAUUGUUUGUUCAUGGACAAGUGUCGGUAUUUACAUUUGGCGAUACAAAGAAAGUCAACGAAUUGGUCAACUGUUUAAAGACAGCAAUGGAUACGUGUAUAUUAAUUUACAAUUGGCAGCUUAUGUUAAUGACGUUCUCACCUUUUUAUUCGCUUUUUGUUGUUUUUUCGGAACAAUCAAAUUGGUGAAGUUUUGUCGUUUCAGUCAACGUCUUUGUUUAUUUAUUGAAACUCUUCGAUAUGCUGGAAAACAAUUGAUAUCGUUUACAAUGAUGUUUUCGAUUGUCUUUCUGUCAUUUCUCUGUCUCUUUUAUUUAUUAUUCGUUUCAAAAUUACUCAGAUGUUCAAGUUUAUUGGGAACAGCUCAGAUGCUAUUCGAAAUGACUUUGAUGAACUUUGAUGCCACGGGAAUUCGCGACGCUGAUGCAUUUCUUGGUCCGCUGUGUUUCACUGUGUUUAUUUUCGUCGUUGUUUUCGUCUGUAUGAGCAUGUUUUUGUCAAUUAUCAACGAAAAUUUCGUUCGUGCAAGAAACAAUAUGGAUGGUAAAAAUGAAGAAAUAUUUUCAUUUAUGUUGAGCACAUUUCAACGAUGGAUAUAUUCCAAAAAGCCGGUCGAUAGAGAAGUCCUGAAGGACCGAUUGGGUAUGAGAUAUAGCGAUCAAAUGAACUCAUUUUCUGAUCGUGUCGAUAAUUUAUUGAAAGUCAUCGAUCGAAUUUAUAUCAGCCAAAUCCAAGAUGCUUCAACUGUCAAGGAAAUGAAUAUUUAA